AUCCCGUUGCGAAAUCAAGCACGUAUGUUGUCAUUUUCGCAACGACCCGUUGUUAUAUUUUUCAACAACGGCUGUUGGUGAAUUGUGCACGAACGUGCUCAAAUUGACACCGAGACGUGGUCAACUUUCGGUACCAACAACAGCCGUGCUUAAUUUGUCCAUUUGUAAUAUUGGUAAUUGCAGCCGAUUACACACGAGUAAAAAAUGACAACGGUGGUGCAUGAUUCACACACGGUCGUUGUCAAUAUGACACCGGUCGUGUAUGAAUUAUGCACCACCACCUGCAUAAUGAUGCACCACCGUUGUUACUUUGUACACCGACGUGCAUGAAUCGUACACGAUCGUUGCCAUUUUAGCAACUACCGUGUAUGAAUCAUGCACCACCGUUGUCAUUUUUUUUACUCGUGUGCAAUCGGCUGCAUAUUUACCAUUUUUUCCGUGUUAUUGAAAGAGAAAGGACGCAUUGUGCAAAAAAUUUAUUGAAAAUGAAUAAUAAUUCGCAAGAUCCUCAAAAUAUCAUUGGUGAGUUGUUAGAAAUCGAUGGCAAUAUUGUUGUGGUUCGCGAUACAAACCAUUGCAGCAGUCAAGAUGCGGAAAACAAUGAGGACGAUUAUAUGUUAAGGGAGUUCUUAAAAGGAAUAAAUAUGGAGUCGCUUUUUGAACAAUUAAAAGCAUCACAUGUAACAUUUCGCAGCUUGCAGUACUUGAAAAAAGAAGAUUUAAAGGAAGCAGUGCCACCAUUGGGACUGCGUGUUGAAUUCAGAGAAAAGCUCUUUGCUUGGAAAAAACGAAAGCUCGGGAUUGAUGACGAAACUAUGUCAGUUCCAUCUAAAAUAGGUGAAUGGUGGAAACGCAACGAGACACCUGCAAGUACUCCUGGUACUCCCGACACUACAGGUUCGAACUGCUCAAAAGCCAAAGGAAUUUUGUCAGAGGAUCUAACGGAAUUGUUAACACAUACCUCGAAGGGGAAACUAGCGCUUGAAUGUAGUAGCGUUAAUAAGAAAUUAAGUGACGAGCAAAGAGAUGAUAUAAUUAAUAUAAUUAUUGAAGAUAUUUUAACCAACAAUGUUACUCUUUACACUCAAGACUAUAUGCGCAUAUUGGAUGAAAUUUGUUCCGUUUUUCCUCUUGAAAACGAAAUGAGGGAUUAUUAUUACAUUUCAAGAAAAGGAAAGAACAACGCAAGCGGAAAACUUUAUGCCAAGUAUAGAAACAAGAAGUCCAAAAGAAUAAAGCUUUUGAUUUCCGAGCCUAGCACAAGCAAAGCAGCAACUCACACAUCUCCUAAUUUUUGUAACAAAGAUGUUCCAGAAAUUGAUGAAUCAGUUGAAAUUUCAUUGAAAGCUUCCUUACUAAGAGAAUGUAAUGAUUGGGGAUCGAUCUGCGAAAAAUGGAAAAGAUCUUUUAACAUACGGCAAAGAGAUAUAAAAAAUUUAAGUAGCCAUACAUUUCUCCUAGAAUGGACGAAGUUGUCCGAUGCAAGAGCUUCAGAAUUGGUCAACAUUGAUUUCGAUAUUAUGUAUCCACAGAAAGGCAAUCUUCUACUUUCUAAAUGGGACCAAUUUAAGAAAAAAAUUUACAAUUAUUAUGGGAAAAAUAUUCAUAACGAACAUUGCAAACAACUCUUCGCAAAUGUUUUGACGGCAAGCAGCAUAGAUGCUCAAGAUUAUAUAUACGCAAUACUGUUGAAUUCAGUUUUACCAUCACCUGCUAGGUUUAAAUGUGGAAACGGUAAAUUACGAAAAAAAGUAACAAUAGCUGAUUCGCAGGAAAGUUUCGUACUGCGACUACCGACAAUUAACGAUUAUAAAAGGCAAAUUGAUACAGUCACUGAAAAGUAUUACAAUGCUGGAUUAACUAUACAGCCAUUUAUAAUUGUGGAGGGUUUGUCCGAUUUCAAUAUAAAAGGUUUUUAUGUUUUUUUUAACCACAAUUUGUUAAAAUUUCAAUCGUUCCUCGAAUGUUUAGAUACAUGUUUUAAAAUUUUUCAUGCACUUUCUUUAAAAUAUCCAAAUGCCUGCCAAAUUCCAUGGAUUUUUAUCCAAAAAUAUUUUUAUGAAAUUAAUACUGUAUAUGAUAUAAAAUCAGUUAAUUUGACUUCACUUAUUAAUUUCUGCAACAAUAAUUAAAGUACAAUUCAAAAUGUAUAUUUGCUUUCGUUGCCGUAAGCAUUUUGAUAAGGCAAAUUUAUGUAACCAAGUAAAAGUUAAAAACUUUGAUUACCAUUUACAAUCGUAUGAAGUUGGUUCUCUGAAUGAGGAUACAAUUUUUUUAAUACCAAUUUUAGAUUUUAUUACUUACCCAUUUCACUUAUAUCCUAUGAAUAAUGGAAAAGUUUAUUUCAGAUUUAAGUUAAUUUAAUUUGUUUCUAUACAUUGAAUAUAUGUAAUUCGAAUUGUUUUGUUAAAUCAAAUAUGUAUUUAUAUUGAAUUUAUGUAAUUGGUUUCGUUCAAUAAAAUACUUUUCAAAAAAUGUCGUUUCUUCUACUAAGGGUAUAAAAUGGAAAAGGAACGGAUAUCAAAAAAUGACCACCAUUGAUUUCAAUCUGACAACGGGC